UCAAAAACCAAAGCAAAAAAAGAGAAAAAAAAUAAUAAUUAGAACAAAAAUCCAUCUCUCUCUCUCUCUCUCUCUCUCUCCAGAAAUGGUUGCCUCGACAGCCCUGAACUGCAAAAUCCCCACCAUUUCACCGUCGUCUUCCCAUUCUAAUACCAAGAUUUCUUCUUCCAACUCUCGCUUUCCGGUCCAUUUCCGGCGAGUUUUGUCCAACCCAUCACCGGUUUUCCGGUCAAACGCCAUCUCCUGUACUUUAACUCGGGAGCCGUCUCUGGCAAUGGAGGACAAACUCCACGAUUUGAAUCUGGAACAGAGACCCGAUUCAUUUGGGCAUUUUGGGCGUUUUGGGGGAAAGUAUGUCCCCGAGACCCUAAUGCAUGCCCUCACCGAGCUUGAAACUGCUUUCCAUUCCCUUGCUGGGGACCAAGAAUUUCAGAAAGAGCUGGAUGGUAUUUUGAGAGACUACGUGGGGAGAGAGAGCCCUCUAUACUUUGCAGAGAGGCUGACUGAGCACUACAGACGUCCCAAUGGUGAGGGGCCUCAUAUUUUCCUAAAGAGGGAAGACCUUAACCACACAGGGGCUCACAAAAUUAACAAUGCUGUUGCCCAAGCUUUGCUUGCUAAGCGUUUGGGAAAGAAACGGAUUAUAGCUGAAACAGGCGCAGGUCAGCAUGGAGUUGCAACUGCAACUGUUUGUGCUAGGUUUGGACUAGAAUGUAUCAUCUACAUGGGUGCCCAAGAUAUGGACAGACAAGCUCUCAAUGUGUUCAGAAUGCGGCUUCUUGGGGCUGAGGUUAGGCCAGUUCAUUCUGGUACUGCCACUCUAAAGGAUGCUACUUCAGAAGCUAUAAGGGACUGGGUGACUAAUGUGGAGACUACCCAUUAUAUCUUAGGAUCUGUUGCUGGGCCCCACCCGUAUCCCAUGAUGGUGAGAGAUUUUCAUGCUGUGAUUGGUAAAGAAACUAGAAAACAGGCCUUGGAGAAGUGGGGAGGGACGCCAGAUGUUCUAGUAGCAUGUGUUGGAGGAGGUUCUAAUGCUAUGGGACUAUUUCAUGAGUUUGUCAAUGACGAAGAUGUUCGGUUGGUUGGUGUGGAGGCUGCAGGUUUUGGCUUGGAUAGUGGUAAGCAUGCAGCCACUCUAACCAAAGGGGAAGUUGGGGUUCUACAUGGAGCUAUGAGUUAUUUACUACAGGAUGAUGAUGGACAAAUAAUUGAGCCUCACUCGAUCAGUGCAGGUUUGGAUUACCCUGGGGUUGGACCAGAGCAUAGUUAUUUGAAAGAUCUAGGCCGAGCUGAGUACCACAGUGUCACUGAUGAUGAAGCACUGGAAGCUUUCAAGAGAUUGUCACGAUUAGAGGGCAUAAUCCCAGCUUUGGAGACAUCUCAUGCUCUGGCUUAUCUUGAGAAGUUGUGCCCGACCCUCCCAGACGGAGCAAAGGUCGUCCUUAACUGCAGUGGCAGAGGGGAUAAGGAUGUCCAGACAGCAAUCAAAUAUUUGCAAGUUUGACACAUCACUAUGGCUGCCAUUACUAGUAAAACUAAAGGUCAUUUUCCCUUCUUGGUAGAAGCUUCGUCUGAAUUGAAUUGUUUUCCAAUAUGUUGAGAUCCGAGCUUGAAGACAAUAAAGCAUACAUUACAAAACAAAGUUUCUUUUCCUUUCCUUUUUUUUUUUUUUUUUUAAUUUCUUUCUUUUAGAAAAACUAUAUGUUGUAUUUAUACAAGUAAAGUUUGGAUUUUGGUACAGAUUCUGGCAAAAAGAAAAGUCUGACCUUGUGAGGAUAGCUUUUACUAUUUCUUGAUCUUAUUAGAUAUUUGACUUGCGGUUUUAAUGAAUAUGAGUUUGUAUCA